GUCACAAUUCAUCAAUUCUUAACCAGCGUUUUUGUCCUCAGCUUGUGCUCCAUUUUCAGCUGUUUUUUCUUAAUGGCGCAACACGAGUCCAACCUCGAUCUCAGUCAUCUGGAGUUCAGCUUAGUAAGGGAAGCGUCUCAGCUCCGAAGUAAACAGUCCUUGUUUCCUUCUGCAUUUACGUGAUGUCAAUGUCCUGUUGGACUGCUGUUUGGAUACAUCCACUUUGGCAUAUUUUAUGCCAUCCCAUCAACUUAUCAGGGACGGCUGCGCUGAUCUCCCACCCAUGACGACAUCCACUCAUCCAACCCCGUCAGAUUGUGCCCAAACCAUAUCCGUUGGGGAGCAAACGUUUUUGGGCUGUAUUCCCCAGUUUUCUCUGAUGAACAAAUCAGAGUUUAGUUCGGUCAUAUGGGAUACGGUCGAUUUAAUCUUAGUGUCCAAUACACACAGUUUGCUAGGAUUACCGUUCAUCUGUGCUUCAACCAGCUUUCGUGGUCGCGUUUUAGCAACGGAACCGGUUGUGCGAUUUGGGAAGGUUCUUAUGGAAGAUAUUUUGGAUGCUCUAGAGCAACUACCGCCCUCAGCACCGUUUGACGCCGCUGAAUUAUCAAAACAGACAAAGUCGUCUGCUUCUUCUCUUGAUGACUUGAUAUCCGGCCCUCAGAAAGUUUGGCACUCGGUAUAUUCACGUGAACUCAUUACCGCCACGUUGAGCCGUAUUCAACUGGUCGCCUACCAUGAACCCGUGGAUAUCUUCGGGUUGCUGACCGUUUGUGGCUCAAGCGCCGGUUUCGGAAUUGGCAGUUGUAACUGGACCCUCACUUCUCCAACAGAAAAGAUUGCCUACUUAUCACACACGUCCCUGCUAUAUUCCCACGUCUUGCCAUUCGAUGAUACUAUUUUCACGGAUGCUGACAUACUGAUUGUGGGUGCAAUCAACCUAUUGGGUGGAAACCAGCUGGAGAAGAUGGUCAGCGAAUUUCGGCACAUUGUGGUUCAAACGUUGGCCCGUGGCAGCCACGUGCUCGUGCCCACAAAUCCGUGUGGUGUACUAUUCGACCUGAUAGAGACAGCCGUACACGCGAAAGAGAACUUCAAGGGAACUCUGCUACCUGUGUUUCCACCGGACACAACAGAACCCAAUGUCAUCAACUCUAACUCAGCUGCGACCACACAGACAACUGCUCACGCGUCCACAUCCCAGCCUUCUGAGAGCACAGACUCCAACCACAGCUCUGCAACCUCGGAUCGCCCUAUGGCUGCUACCCAGGGAGGCUCAUCGCUAGCUGGCCGAGUGGCCCGUUGCCCCAUAUUUGUUGUGUCCAGUCAGAUAAAUGCAAGUCUGGCCUACGCAAACUCUUAUGGCGAGUGGCUGAAUCCGGAGAAAGAAGCGCUAUUGUACACCGCAGACGCCCCUUUUCCCUUCCAGUUGCUUCUUCAAUCAGGUCAGCUUGUCCGACUCAAGAGCUUGCACGAGACUCCUGGUUCUAAGGAUUUGGGCGACCCACAUUCGCGCUGCAUUUCACCCACCAACACCCCCCUCUUGCUUGGACCGAAUACACACUUAGGUGAUAUGUUUACCUCCGGAACGCCAUCUUCAACCAGCCCAACAGCUUUAGUGGACCCCACCACCAUGAUGGCGUUGGCUUCCGCAUCUACCACUCGUGGUCGUGCUUCGGGACUAACUGGGGGUGUGUGGCCAGGGUCACCGUGUGUCAUCUUUGCCAGCCAUCCCAGUCUUCGUUUUGGAUCGGUUGUUCAUCUCAUCCGGGCGCUGGCCUAUGGAGACCUUCGACCUGGAGGUCGUAAUACGAACCAAGCUGCUCCACUCAAACACUCAAUCAUCUUGGUUGAAUCUGCCGAUUACGUCCCAAGAUCCUCCCUUAUCGCUUCACCAGACCCAUCUAGCCAACUAUUGAAGCAUUUGAUCACUCCGUACCUUGGUGCUCGCGGAGACGACCGGUUCAUGACCACCAAGUCACCCUCCGGAGUGACCACUUGCAACUUGAGCGAUUCGGCCACCGUAUUUUGGCUCCCGAUGGAGGCCCGUUUGAGACCGGAAGAAUUGCCCCAGCUGCUAUCACGUGGCGGAUCUCCGAAACUGGCUUUGUGUGUACCCGCGGAGAUGGCAUCUCGUUUGCCAGGUGGUCUGCUUACAGGAUCUCGUGCCGUCCACUUCCUCUCUUGCGGCCAGAAAAUUCGCAUCCCAAUGCUAAGUACUCGCAUGCAGCCAGUACGUGUGUCUGCCCAAUUGAUGCAACACCUCCGCCCUAUCUGCCUCACGGAUCAGCCGUCCAUGCCGUUGGACAACAAAGCUUGUAAGGCGCCCGUGAUGAAAGGUCCCUCGGACCCACGAUCCAAGCCUUCCUCUCUGUCAAAUCUACUUCCAGCGGAAACGAUACUGACAUCUCAAAAACCAAGUUAGAAAAUGAUCAACCGUUAGCCAAGCGGCCAGCACUGGCUGAUCCAGCAAACCGCUCUUACUGUGCCCUCGUUGAUGGUGUGCUAACCACACGUGAUGGUAAGCACUGGCUUAAUGAGACGACCGUCUCUGGUCCUGAUUGUCGCAGCGCCGUUCGUACCCUCCUCCCAUCCACACCCGUGCAUCUGGCUGCCAACGCCACAAGACGCACUGCAGAGACGAUGGAUAAGUCCGGCAUCAGUGGCACGCAAGAUGGCCGCAUUUUCGUCAGCCGAACUCCCCGUAUCGAUCCAUUCCGGCUGAUCAAGGAAUUGACCGAGCGUGGCGUCACCGGCGCAUAUUUGGCUGAUCCAUCGGCAGCUACGAGCCGUGUUGCUCAACGCUUUCUGAUGUUCAACUUUGAUGAUGCUGAUGAUAAAAGCAGCUCAAAACUCUCCCAGACUAAUUAUAUCUUGUUUCCAAACCCGAACACUGCAAUUCAGCUUUCACCGCAUGGUAGUCACAUCCUAGCGGUCGAUGAGGGCACUCGAACCACUAUUCGUGACAGUAUCUUGUCCUGUCUCCAGCAGAUUGACACUUGACUUGGGCCGGUUGAUUGAGUUUGCUUUGUAUUGAAUACACUUUGUUUAUACAUACUUCCCG